AUGGAAACGAAACUCUUGUGUUUUCUUUAUUAUUUGUACAUGACCAUAUGUUGCUGCUGUGGCAAAAUAGUGCACGCUAUUGAAUCCCCAAAAUAUACAGUGAUAUUUUCAGAAUCAAAUUUUCAGAUCAGACUCUACGAUGAAUCUUUAUGGAUGUCUGCUCCUGUUUCAGGAACUUCCUUCGAACAAUCCACCAAAACCGGAUUUCACAGGUUGUACCAAUAUAUCCAUGGUGCCAAUUUGAAUUCUUCCAAACUUGCAUUCACUAGUCCAGUCUUAACGAGGAUUCCCUCACCAUCCUCUCAGGAUGGCUAUACAGUGAGAAUCUAUGUAUCGCCUCACUUUCAGGGGAAACCUCCACUGCCUAAUCCUGAACUGAAGUUGCAGGUAGAGAAAUGGAAAACUCAAUGCUUAGCAGUGUUGAAGUUCAGUGGGUAUGCGAAGGACAGUGACAUUAGCAGAGAAUUUGAAGCUCUUGCUAGCAGCCUAAACAAGCAUUUCAAUAGAAGUUCAGGGACAAUACAAGAUGCAAGCUCCUAUACUAUUGCUCAGUACAAUGCUCCAAUUCGUAAUAGCGGGCGCUUAAAUGAAGUGUGGCUAAAAGUGUCGGGACUCGAAAACUGUUGAGGGUUGUGUGCUUCCUCAGCAGUUUCUUAUUUGUGUUGAAGUGUCUUGAUUUAGUGUUUCAUUAAUCCGUGUGUUCUAUGCAUGCUGGGUGUAAUCGUUGGUUUGAAGAAGUUCCUAAUGUUGGAAGCAAAAUGCUCUCUAAUAAAGAACUUUCUGUACAAGUUGCAUGGAUGAAUAAAAUAAGUGGAGGCUAUGGACAUUGAUUUUGCUUGAUAAAA